UUUGAAGAGCUGCUUCAGUGGUAUGCUCAUCGAACCAAAACAGUUGCCUGCUCCCGUCCACAGAGUUCAAUCUCAGCGGGGGUGAGACACUGUGCGUCUAUACCACCAGUGACACAAUAAUUAGCAGACCUUUGCUGCUCCAAAACACGAAUAUUUUGCAGGUAGGCUAAAGGAACCGUCUUAUCAAAGAAGACAUGGCUCGUUUUCUUUCUCGAUUUUCUUCGCUUCUCAUCAAAGCAACUGCACCUAGAAGAACAUUACCUGCUGUAAAGAACAGUUUAAAACGGGUUAGACCAUUUUACACGAACUCCGGUCUGGGAUCACUUACACGGUACGAUGAGACAGCUGUCGAGAUUGAUUGGAAAAAAAAACUAACGCCAGAGCAGUACUAUGUGACCAGAGAAAAGGGAACUGAGCUGCCUUUCAGUGGAAUCUACCUGAACAACACUGAAGCAGGACAUUACCAUUGUGUAUGCUGUGAGGCACCUCUCUUCAGUUCAGAAACAAAGUAUAACCCUGGUACAGGGUGGCCUUCAUUUUAUGAAGCCCAGGGCACGUGUGACAGAGAUGAAAGCAAUACCAACAUCCUACGCCGGCCUGACAACUCCCUGGGCUCUGCUGGAACCGAGGUCCUUUGCCGACAGUGUGAUGCCCACCUUGGCCAUGUCUUUGAUGAUGGACCACAGCCUACAGGACAGAGAUUCUGCAUCAACAGUGUUGCGUUAACCUUCAAACCCACUUCAAAAUAAUUAUAAACUGAAAAAUGUGUUGGGGAAAAAAAAAAGUCAGUAUUAUGAUGCUAAAAGCUGUAGUUAGCAUGCUGUAUUUCUCAUUUAAUAUACAUGUGUAGAUUUACCAGUAUCCACAUUUACAGCCUGUUGUUUUUAUGACAGUAAAUGUACUACCUUUCAGGCAUUUCAUCUCUGGAAGCCUGGGUUUGAGUGCAGUAGACAGAGUUUGGUUGGCCACAAUUAACAACUUCUCUAGAGGAAACGACAGUAUCGACUGACUCACAAAAUAAAUUGAGGUUUCACAUUGACAUCCUAAACAGUUUAACGCUACAUAAUAUUAUCCAAGCUUCUGAUAAAAUACACAUAUGCAUGUAAAAUUGCCUACUUACACUAAAUAGUUGGAGUUACCCCUGCUAGGCAUGGUGUUAAUUCAUGAUACCUUCAAACCUUACACAGCAUUGCAUUUAGAUCAUGAUUCAAAAAGUUUUGUAAAUCCUUUGAGACAUAUAUGUAUGCAUGUUUUUCAAUGACAAAUGAGUGGGCUGGGCUUUCUCCAAAAACAGCAGGGUUUGCUGUGAUGCACUCUCAAAUAACCGUCUGCUCAAAGAUCAUACAGUCAGGGGACUGGGUGGCUCAGUGGCUAAAAGCAGUGCCCUUUCACCCCCUGAACCACAGAGUGGGUCAGUCCUGAAGCCCUAAGCGAAUGAGUUUGCAGACAUGGAGACUCAGUUACCUUUCACCUCUGGGUCAAGGUUCAGACUGGGACAGUGGGAGGAAUUGGGUCUUGCAGCUGUUUGCAUCUUAUUUAAUCUGUGGGUAAACUGAGGGCUCCAGUUUCCCAUGCUGCUAGUCUCUAACAUUUAAAAACAAAAGCCCCCACCCCCCCCCGAAAAAAAAUUAAUUGAAGUGCUAGUCAGCAUAUGGUUGUGAAUGUCUUCUGGCAUUGUGUUCUUGACUGAUAAAGAAAGGAGAUACAGUUAAGUAUUCACAGUUUCAACUUACAAUAUGUAUAAUAAAAAAGGAAUGUUACAUGAUUUCACAGCCGAUAUUUGUCCAAUUAUGACUUCCCACAUAAUGAUAAAAUAUUUUUUAAUAUACAGAAAAAAAGAGUUGUUUAAAACAAGUCUUAUCAAGUACCUAGGAUCCAGCCUCUGAUAAUAGUCUGAACAGUGGUAUGAGAGUCAGUGGCUGGCUUGCUUCAUGUCUUGUAAAUACACUGUAGUACUUUUAUUGUCUUUACCGUCUACAUUCUCUGCCUCCCUGUGGCUGAAGGUAAUCUUCCUUUGCUCGUCUCAGCAAAUGUUGUUCGAAUACCUACCUUCCAAUGCCCCUGGAUGUUGUGGAAUGCGGAUCACCAGUAACACCUGUUUCCAUCGUUUUGGCGUUAUCAUGUUGUCAGAAUUGAAUGCAUAUUAUCUGGUUACUUAAUAAUAAUAAUCAUUUAGUAGGCAAUGGUUUGCACAAAUGAAGAUUUCAUUUUGGAUGCUCUGUAGAAGACAUCUUAAUUCUCUACCAUGUUAUUUCAAAUUCAGAGACUUGGUAGGAAAACUAGAUAUUUCAUCAUCAAUACUGAGACCUUAAUACAUGUAAAAAAAAAAGGUUAUUUUAUCAUGCAAAUUGAAUCAAUUUCUGUACAUGUUCUAAAAUUAAAUGUUUUAUUCAUCACAGCA